AUUUGGACGUGGAUACGAGAUGUCGUUUUUCGUCUUUCUCAUUUUCUUAUGCUUUGUAUCAUGCAAUGCACGAAAUACAAACUCAUUCAUUAAGCUUAUGAACAAGAAAUGCCCCGGGAGUGAUCAUGUUGGAAUGGAUGGAAACGAUGACAUUUUGGAUAUGUGCAAUUCUGCUGUGGGACAAUAUAAUAGAGCACGUGGCCACAAUGGGAAAUGGAAAUGCAAAUUGUUUGUCAAAAGUGACGACGUUUUCGCAAUGAAGGUAAAAAUCCUAAAGAGGGGACGUCCGAAAACAUUCAUCCAUAUCUUAGUAAACCAAAAUGGAGAAUUAAUUAAAGAGCAAAAAGGCUUCUACAAGAAGAAGGACUGCAUCAGAUUGAAUGCAAUGGGGAUUAAUACAAAUAGCGGACUAGUACACGGCGUGACGUCAAAGUCUCCACAAGGCCAAAUCGUGGAAGAGUAUUUGGGAAUACCAUAUGCAGAUCCACCUGUCGGUGAUUUAAGAUUCGCAAAACCAAAGGCAUACAGAAUGUUUCCGAAUGGUACCUAUAACGCAACAAGCUAUAGAAACUCAUGCUUUGGGUAUAUCGAUGAAACAUUCGGUGACUUUAAAGGAUCAGAUAUGUGGAACCCUAAGAAUCCACUAAGCGAAGACUGUUUGUUCCUGAAUAUAUGGGUUCCACUUCCAGUCAGGCAAAAUCGGACAGUAAUGGUGUGGAUAUUCGGCGGAGGUUUUUACAGCGGAAGUAGUUCCCUCUCUGUAUAUGACGGAAAGGCGUUAGCUGCGCACGCAGAUGUUGUAGUCGUGUCUAUGAACUACCGAGUCGGUUCCUUCGGAUUUUUCAGUACUGGGGAUGACAGAUCUAAAGGGAACUUCGGGUUACAUGACGUGCUACUUUCCCUUCAAUGGAUAAAUACAAAUAUUGGGUCAUUUGGAGGAGAUAAGGAUUCAGUGACUUUAUUUGGAGAAAGUGCGGGUGCAGCUACCAUCGGAUAUAUGUUAAUGGCUGACGAGGCAGAUCCACUAUUCAAAAGGGCGAUACUACAAAGUGCGAGCCCUGAUUCCAGAUGGUCAUUUAUGACUGGUGAGCAGGCCAAAGAACGCUCUCAACUAUUUGCAAGUGCUAUGACUUGUCAGGACAAUGCCAACCUUGUAGAAUGUUUGCGGACUAAAGAAGCAAACGAAAUUUAUGCGAAGGACUAUGUAACAGGCAACUUCUUUGAAUUUCCUUGGGUACCAAAUAAAGAUGGCGAACUUGUAGAAGACAAUCCACGUAAUCUCAUAAAAGAAGGGAAAUUCCAGAAAAAGGACAUAAUUGCCGGGGUCAACACAGACGAGGGGUCAUUUUGGAUCCUUUAUGCGCUUCAAGGGUUUUCCAAGGAUAACUCAAGUGGACAAAGUGAACAGAUGUACCGUGACGCCAUUAAGACAUUAGAUUGGGAUCUCCCUUUUGGUACCCAGGACCUAAUCACAACUGAAUACCUUCCAGCUGACACUUCUGAUAGAAAUGCAAACAGGGAUGCUAUUGAAGAUGAAACCGGAGACAGAGCAUUUAUCUGUCCAACCAUAAACCUGGCACAGGAUUUCUCCACUUCUAACUCAGGGAAUACUGUUUACAUGUAUUAUUUGUCACAUCGCGCCUCAAAUGAGGUGUGGCCAGAGUGGAUGGGGACCAUACAUGGCGCCGAUAUUCAGUGGAUAUUUGGUCUACCAUUAGACAAGUCACUAAAUUACACUAAAGAGGAAGAGGCGUUAUCUAAAGAUAUCAUGACGUACUGGAGCAACUUCGCCAAAACAGGAAAUCCAAAUGGCGCUGGACUUUCUGAAUGGCCAACAUACAGAGCAGAUGCAUACACGCACAUGGAAUUCCGCGAAGCAAACUCUCAAGGCGUGUAUCCAACAGGGUCUAAACAUAGGGAGAAAUAUUGUACAUUUUGGAACUCAAUCCUCUGA